UCGAUUGUUAAUCGAAGAAUAAGAAGAAGGCCGAUACGGUCCACGGUCGAUAUAAAAACGAGACGAAAAUGGGGCCCCCUCGUCAUUUUAACGGUGCUCCUCGCGCAAAAUGCUGCUAGUGUCACUAGUGUCGUGGUGUGGCUUAGUGUUUUGGGCCUGCGGUGGUGCCGGGGCUAACUCUAUAGUGAUCAAGUCGGGGGUGCAAAAGGACCAAGGUCAGACGCAGGGUGAGAACCUGGAGGACGUGCAGUUUCACAAAGGAAUAGCUAACUACGAGGGAGCUGAGGGAUUUAACAAUAACGGUGAAGCUAAAGUGGCGGUGGCUAAAGAUUCCGGGCGAUAUGGUGAACAUUCAGCUGACAAGAAUACUCAUUUAGACGCCAACAAUUACAACAACCAAAACUUCCAUCAAAACGGCGGUGAACAUUUGGGUAACGUGGACUCGAAGGUAGCCCAUAAAAAAGGCCAUCACAAGGCAGGAUUUCACAAUUCGUAUCACAAAGACGAAACCGGCAGCAACUCCAGUUAUUUUGAUGAUGGAAGCGACGAGGGUGAUGAACUAGUCCACAAAAGAUACAAAGGUGCUUAUGGAGACGCUGGCCAAAACCAACACAACGGUGGCAAGUACGAUAGCAGGGAAUUUGCGAAAGAUCAAGGAAGGCAAGGGUACUACGAUAACGAAGGAAAGUACUUGAAAGACCACGGAAACAGGGAAGGAUACAACAGAAACAAUUACUACAACAACAAAGAAGACUAUGGGAGAAGAAACAGUGGAAAUAACUACCAAGGAGGUGGCAGAUAUGCAGAAGAAAAAUAUAUUGAAAGACCUCAUUAUCAUCACCAUCCACAACCAUUACCCUAUUACCGUGAAGAACCCUACAGGGUACCCAUACAUUUGCCUCAGAAACCACACAUAACCAUCUACGAAGACCCUCGAUACGUCCGCUCAGACCCGAGAUACCGAAGAUCAGACGACUACUCAGACGACUACAUAGACAUAGAAUAUAGAAGUCCUUUGUUGGAUCGCGAACAGUUUGUAACGAGUAGGGGUAGAAUUCCAGACUAUUAUUACUAAUUAAUACGAAAUCAUAAAGGAAUUGUGAAAAUUUGUGAUAAGAAAUGGUUAGAUAAAAACAGAAAAUUAAAUAAGAAUUCAUUGCAAUUUGGAAAAUGUAAAAUAUUAUCAAGUUUGGUCAGCACUGAAACAAUCAAGUAGGUACCUAAUAAUAAUGUUAAAUAUCACUAAUUAUGAUGAACCUUUGUAGCGGGUUCCUUUCUUGAAAAAAAUCCAAAAUAUUUCGCCACU